UGGCGUGAGUGCCGAAGAAUAACACAUUUCAACACUAUCAAGAUGGCGGCGUCCAUGAUGUCGAACCGAGCUCAAAACAUUUACAAUCCAGACGAUUUGGUAGGGGACUGGACCGGUCAGGAAGUCAGCACUGGGACAACGAUUAUGGCCGUGGAAUAUGACGGAGGUGUUGUGAUUGGAGCAGACUCCCGAACCACCACCGGCGCCUACAUCGCUAACAGAGUGACAGACAAGCUGACGCCCAUCCACGAGCGCAUCUUCUGCUGCCGGUCCGGAUCCGCCGCCGACACGCAGGCCAUCGCCGACGCGGUCGCCUACCAGCUGGGGUUCCACAGUAUUGAGCUGGAUGAGGCUCCUCUGGUUCAGACAGCAGCUAACCUGUUUAAGGAGAUGUGCUACAGGUACAGAGAGGAGCUGAUGGCUGGUAUCAUUGUAGCCGGGUGGGACAAGAGAAGGGGUGGACAGGUGUACACAGUGCCUAUGGGAGGCAUGCUGGUCAGGCAGCCGGUCUCUGUGGGCGGUUCUGGGAGCUCUUAUAUUUAUGGCUUCAUGGACUCCAACUACAAGGCCGGCAUGAACAAGGAGGAGUGCCUGCGCUUCACUGCGGAGGCCCUCUCUUUGGCCAUGGAGCGGGACGGGUCCAGUGGCGGCGUGGCUCGCUUGGCUGCCAUCUCAGAAGAGGGCGUGGAGAGGCGUGUCAUCCUGGGAAACGAACUGCCCACGUUCUACAACGCCUGAGUGUGAGAGGAGGGGGCGGGGCUACCCAGCAUGCCGCUGGCCACGCCCACAAAACAGGAGUGGAGGACAGUUCACAACACUACAACCCUCCCACCAGCAGGGGGAGCAGAGGGCGUCCAAUGCACCUCUGUUGCCCCCUCACAGGGGGGAGUCUGGCAUUUGAAAAGGCACUUGAUUGUUUACGAUGUCAUUAUUAUUGUUUUUGUCAGUAUUAGUCUGUUACCUCUGUAAUGUUACCUCAGUAAACCUGACAUAAGCUAAACACCCC